CUCCACAUGCUGCGAGUGUCGCCCUCUAUGGGUCAGGUCCUGGAGAUGAACACAACGCUGCGCCACCUGCUGUUCCUGUUGGAGUACUGCAUGGUGACAGGUUACGACUGGUGGGACGUCCUGCUGCACGUGCAGCCCACCAUGGUCCACAACCUGGUGGAGAAGCUGCAUGAAGAGUACAUGAGGCAGAACCAGGCGUUGCAACAGGUUCUGGCGACCCGUAUUGUGGCGGUGAAGGCAUCUCUCUGCAAACUCUCCACGGCGACGGCAGCUCGAGCCUGCGACUUUCACGCCAAACUACUGCUGAUCGCCAUCAGCUCCACCUUAAAGUCUCUGCUGAGGCCACACGUCCUCAACACACCUGACAAGAGUCCAGGUGACCGCCUGACUGAGAUCUGUGCCAAGAACUCUGACACAGAUAUUGAUAAGGUGAUGAUCAAUCUGAAGACGGAGGAGUUUGUGUUGGACGGCCCCCCCCUUCAGUCCCUGCAGCAGCUCAUCCAGUGGGUGGGAGACUUUGUCCUCUACCUGCUGGCCAACCUUCCCAACCAGGGCUCCAUGGUCCGGCCAGGGUUCGGCUUCAUGAGGGACGGGGCGUCCCUGGGGAUGCUGAGGGAGAUGUUGGUGAUGAUCAGGAUCUGGGGUCUGCUGAAGCCUGGCUGUCUGCCCACCUUCACCGCCACGUCAGACAACCAGGACAGCAUGCAGCUGCUGUUCAGACUGCUCACCAAGCUGUGGCUCUGCUCCCGGGAUGACGGCCCCCCCCAGGACCCUGAUGAGAGUCUGAUAGACGAGUGCUGCCUGUUGCCCAGUCAGCUGCUGGUUCCCAGUAUGGAGUGGCUCCCAGUGAACGACGGCGUCAUCGUCAAGCUGCAGGGUAAACACCCUCUUAGGCUGCAGUUUGGAAAAGCUUCGUCUCUGCCUGGAGGGGGCUCCACCGCCCCACUGGAGGUCUUCACCAG